AUGGAUGAAGAAAAGUCAAAGCAAAUGCCUAUUCCUUCGAAUGAUAGUAGACGUACAAUUGAAGUACAAUCGAACAAUGUUGUCGUAAGACCAGUCAAAUUAUUACAACAGCGCAUCGUGCAGAAUUUUCUUAUUGUCUGGGUAGAUCCGACCAUCGAUGAAUCGAACAAAGAUUGUCAGAAUUCGAUUUCUCAACUACGUCGUAUUAUCAAUACAAUCUAUUUAUUUACAGAGAUUGAUGAGUGUGUGGAUUUCCUUUCAGAAAUACAUGAUGAAAAAGUACUUAUGAUUGUCUAUUGUACUUUUGCAGAGCAGAUAUUGCCUUGCAUUAAUGACAUGCAGCAACUAGAUUCGAUCUAUAUUUUAUGUAACAAUAAAGCGCAACAUGACCAAUGGAUAGCAGAUUGGUCUAAAGUGAAAAGUGUCUUUACCCAAAUCAAUCAAAUCUAUGAAUCACUUAAACAAGGUGCACGACGAUGUGAUCAAGACUCGAUUUCAUUCAGUAUAAUUUCAACAAAUGAAGUAGCAAACAAAAAUUUGGAUCAACUCGAUUCAUUGUUCAUGUACACGCAACUAUUCAAAGAGAUCGUACUUGAAACUGAAUAUGGCGAACAAGACAUCAUAGAGUUCGCUGAAUACUAUCGUAAUAUUAAUGUUAACAACGAUCAUGUAUCGAAUAACGUCGAUACGUUUAAGCUGGAAUAUCAUGUUCGUUCGCCUAUCUGGUGGUAUACGUCUCAAAGUUUUCUAUAUCCGAUGCUCAAUCGUGCAUUGCAUCUCCAAGAAGUUGAUACAAUUAUUAAAAUAGGAUUCUUUAUCAAAGAUCUUUAUCGUCACAUCGAACAACUUCAUUCUGCACAAAAGGAUGCACUUCAAGGAUGGCUAUUUACAGUGUACAGAGGACAAGUUAUGACAACAGUGGAUUUUGAAAAAGUCCACAAAACAAAAGGAGGACUUAUCUCGUUUAACCAGUUUUUGCCGACGAGCAUCGAUCGAGACGUUUCUAUUAUGUUUGCCGAAAGCAAUCCGAAACAACUAAAUACAAUAGGAAUCCUUUUUGAAAUAACAAUUGAUCAUUCGAUUUCAUCAGUGUCAUAUGCCUCUAUUGACAAGGUUAGUCGCUUUCAAGAAGAAAAAGAAAUUCUUUUCUCAAUGCACACUGUUUUCCGCAUUGGUGAAAUUAAACAAAUAGGCAACAACGAACGAUUAUGGCAAGUGAAUCUCAAACUGACGGCAGACGACGACGAAUUACUUGGUGCCCUCACUGAAAGAAUGAGAGAGGAAACUCGAGGACCAACAGGAUGGUAUCGAUUAGGUACAUUAUUAGCUAAACUAAAUCAAUUUGACAAGGCUGAAAAAGUAUACAUGCUAUUGCUUGAUUCAAAAUCCAACGAUGCCAUAAAAGGAUCUCUCUAUAAUCAACUCGGAUAUAUCAAGCAUUGUCAGAGCGACCAUAGAAUGGCAAUUAUGUUUUACGAAAAAUCAUUUCAAAUCUUCCAAGAAACACUCUCAUCAGAUCAUCCAGAUUUGGCUACUUUCCACAACAACAUCGGUUUGGUGUAUGAAAACAUGGGAGAGUAUUCGAAAGCACUUUCGUUUUACGAAAAAGCAGUUGACAUCUACCAUAAAACUCUGCCUUAA